UCGACUUGCUCCCUCGCUCGCACACGAAACUCGCUGCGCUCAGACAGACCUCUGCAACUUUUGCAGAGUCCUCACUCCACAGACAUGUCGCACAAUAGCUGAAAGUCAACCUGUCACCGUGGCUCGCCCCGGGAGCUUGCAGAGAGCAAGUCACGUAGGUGGGCUCAUUUGGAUCGCGGUCGGAACCGCCGCUUGAAAGACGCCCUGGACCGGAUGGGAAUUAAGAGCCUUUUCGUCACUAAUGAACCGUGCCAGUAAUGCAGGAGACCGACGCGGUGCUCUCAUCCCUCGUUCAAGAUGGUAGAUUUUUAUUGAGUUUUGAGCAGACGCCUCUAUUUCUUGUUUGCCAUGAAUAACAGAAAGCCUUGCACCGAUGGCCCCUGUAUACGAAGGUAUGGCCUCGCAAGUGCAAGUGUUCUCCCCACACACACUUCAGUCAAGUGCCUUCUUUAGCGUGAAGAAACUGAAGGUGGAGCAGAGUUGCAACUGGGAUAUGACAGGGUACGGAACGCACAGCAAAGUCUACAGCCACAACAGCAGCAAGAACGUGUCGGCCGUGAGCGGCCCCCUCGGAAUCAGUAGCUCCCUGCAGGUUACCGGUUCCACCUUGCCGUACGAGCAGGCGCUCAUCUUCCCGGCAAGCGCAGGCCACAUUGUGGUGGCGUCGGCCUGUAGCACUUCGGGCGGCGUAGGCUCUUUGCUGGGCAGCGGAGGUGGAGGCAGUACCGGGAGCGGAGGGGGAGGCGGUGGCAGCAGCGUUGGGGUUCACAAUCUGACUCGCCGCAGCACAGUCAGUCUCCUGGACACCUACCAGCGAUGUGGGCUUAAACGUAAGAGCGAGGAGCUCGACAACAACAGCAGUGUGCAGAUAAUUGAGGAGCACGGUCCACUGAUGAUCCAGAACGGAGCAGCCAGUGGUGCCACGGUGCCUACAGUGGCCACCGCUGCCUCCACGGCAACAUCCAAGAACAGCGGCUCCAACAAUGAGGGGGACUACCAACUGGUGCAGCAUGAGGUGCUCUGCUCCAUGACCAACACGUACGAAGUGCUGGAAUUCUUGGGAAGGGGUACAUUCGGACAGGUGGUUAAGUGCUGGAAGAGGGGCACCAACGAGAUUGUCGCGAUCAAGAUCCUAAAAAACCACCCGUCUUAUGCGAGGCAGGGUCAGAUCGAGGUCAGCAUCCUGGCGCGUCUUAGCACAGAGAGCGCAGAUGAUUUCAACUUUGUGAGAGCCUACGAGUGCUUCCAGCAUAAGAACCACACGUGCCUGGUGUUUGAGAUGCUGGAGCAGAACCUGUACGACUUCCUGAAGCAGAACAAGUUCAGCCCGCUGCCGCUUAAAUACAUCAGACCCGUGUUACAGCAGGUGGCAACAGCGCUGAUGAAGCUGAAGAGCCUCGGUCUGAUCCACGCUGACCUGAAGCCGGAAAACAUCAUGCUUGUAGAGCCCUCUCGGCAGCCCUAUAGAGUCAAAGUCAUUGACUUUGGCUCAGCCAGCCACGUCUCCAAAGCUGUCUGCUCCACCUAUCUACAGUCCCGAUACUACAGAGCGCCAGAAAUCAUCCUGGGCCUGCCGUUCUGUGAGGCGAUAGACAUGUGGUCCCUGGGCUGUGUGAUUGCUGAGCUCUUCUUGGGAUGGCCGCUGUAUCCCGGCGCCUCAGAGUACGAUCAGAUCCGGUACAUCUCACAGACUCAGGGUCUGCCUGCAGAGUAUCUGUUGAGCGCAGGGACAAAGACCACCAGGUUCUUCAACAGAGACCCCGACUCCACCUAUCCUCUGUGGAGACUUAAGACUACUGAGGACCACGAGGGAGAAACAGGGAUCAAGUCCAAAGAGGCGCGCAAGUACAUCUUCAACUGCUUGGAUGAUAUGGCUCAGGUGAACAUGACGUCAGAUCUGGAAGGGAGCGACUUGCUGGCAGAGAAAGCCGACAGGAGGGAAUUCAUCGAUUUGUUAACCAAGAUGCUCACCAUCGACGCAGACAAAAGAAUCACAGCUAUUGAAACACUCAACCACCCUUUUGUUACAAUGUCGCAUCUUCUCGAUUUCCCGCACAGCACUCAUGUGAAAUCAUGCUUCCAGAAUAUGGAGAUCUGUAAGCGGCGUGUCAACAUGUACGACACGGUCAAUCAGAGCAAGACGCCCUUCAUCGCCCAUGUGGCACCUAGCACCUCCACCAACCUCACCAUGACCUUCAACAACCAGCUCAACACUGUGCACAGCCAGGCCACCAACCUGGCUCCCUCCUCCACCAUCAAUUCCACCCUUUCCUUUGCGAGUCCCGAUGUCUCCAUACUAAAUUACCAAUCUGCACUCUAUCAGCCCUCCGCUGCCUCUUUGGCAGCCGUGGCCCAAAGGAGCAUGCCCCUCCAGACGGGGGCUCCUCAGCUCUGCGCUGCCCGGCCUGAUCCCUUCCAGCAGGCGCUCAUCGUCUGUCCUCCUGGCUUCCAAGGACUGCAGGCAUCGCCUUCCAAGCACAACAGUUACUCCAUGCGGAUGGAGAAUGCUGUUCCCAUAGUGACGCAGGCCCCUGCCGCCCAGCCUCUGCAGAUCCAACCAGGCCUCCUUACUCAGCAGGCUUGGCCCAGCGGCACCCAGCAGAUCCUGCUGCCUCCAGCCUGGCAGCAGCUUACUCACACCUCAGUUCAGCACGCCGCCGUCAUUCCCGACUCAAUGAGCAGCACACAGCCUCUCACCAACUGGAGGAAUUCCCACCCUCAUGGCAGCCAUUACAAUCCCAUCAUGCAGCAGCCAGCCUUGUUGGCUGGUCACGUCACUCUACCAUCCAACCAGACGCUCAAUGUCGGAGUGGCACAUGUUAUGAGGCAACCCUCGUCCAAUAAUAACUCAUCUUCCAAAAAGAACAAACAGCAUCAAAAUUCUGCCAGGAACAAUUCCGCCUACGAAGUGUCAUCCACCCAGGCAGUGCUGUCGCCACAACGUUCCAAGAGGGUGAAGGAGAACACGCCCCCACGAUGCGCCGUGCUCCAGAGCAGCUCAGCCUCCAUUUGCCCUCCACCGCAGGGCUGUGGGGAAGGUGGCUGGGGGACUAUUGAGGCUGAGCUGGCUUCUAGCACCACCCGCAGCCAUCCACACCAGCACCACGUCCCCAGACAAACCAUCAUCAUCCCUGACACACCAAGCCCUGCGGUCAGCAUCAUCACCAUAAGUAGUGACACAGAUGAGGAAGAUGACCACAAACAAAAUAAUGGCUCAUCUUCGAAGCAAAGGAAGAAUGUGAUCAGCUGUGUGACUGUCCAUGAUUCACCUGACACCGACUGUUCCGGCAACAACAGCCCUUACACUGUGGAGUCCCGACCCGCCAAUAACAACAACAGCUUUGACACGAAAAACGCUUUACUGGACAACUACAACAACGGCAACCCGCGCACAAUCAUCAUCCCCCCUCUUAAAACUCAAACCAGCGAGGUUGUGAAUGAGUGUGAACGUUUGAUGCCAGAUACAAUGAAUCAUCAGAAUUCCGCUUACAAGUUCAAAUCCUCCAAUGGAGUGGUUUCCAGCAACACUCACAUCCCAAGCGGUGUGACUGCAUCAUACAGACAGCAGCGCUCAGGGCUACACCCCCUCCAGCAGCAGCAGCCUCUUAAUCUCAGCCAGGCCCAGCAGCACAUGGUAGCAGACCGAAACGGAGGUCAUCGCCGCCAGCAGGCCUACAUCGCCCCCACCAUAGCCACUCAGGCCCCAUACACCUUCCAUCACAACAGCCCCUCCCACACGGGCAACGUGCACCCGCACUUGGCUGCCACGCACCUCUGCAGCCAGCCUCACCUCUACACGUACACAGGCCCCGCCGCUCUGGGCUCCAGCGGGACAGUGGCGCACCUGGUAGCAUCACAGGGCUCGGCACGCCACACGAUCCAGCACGGGAGCUAUCCGCCAAGCAUUGUCCACCAGGUUCCGGUCAGCAUGGGUCACCGUGUACUGCCCUCACCUACUCUCCACCACAGCCAGUACCAGGCCCACUUUGCCCACCAGGCCUACAUAAGCGCCUCGCCUGCCUCCACCGUCUACACUGGAUACCCACUGAGCCCCACCAAGGUCAACCAGUACCCUUACCUCUAGAGAAGACACUGAAGAGGCUGACCUGGCACUGCUGCUUCCACACACCAACCACCCUGAGCCCUAUCGGCAGACCCUCAACCUCACUAGUGAACAGACACCGAGGACUUUGAAUCCUCAUCCAACCGCCCCAUAUGACUUGAAGAUAUGACGGAGAAAAAGAAGGAAAAAAAAGAUUCACAGUUCCUCUCUAAGGGAUAGACAGCUCGAGAGUUAGAUUAGAACGUUACAUUUCAAGGUGAUUUCUUUUAAUUGUUUUUCUCCAAAAAGGGUCAGCCUUUCUUUUGUUUGAUCUCUUUUUGCUCGACUUCAUUUGAAAAGUAAUGCCCCAUUAGUUUUACAGGGAAGUUUGAAUUGAUUUUGGACAGUGCAGGAUUUCAGACUUUUUGUUUCUCUUAUUUGCCCAUUUUAACUGUGAGAAGGGACUGCUGAACAGGGGUUACAGACUGGAAGUUCGGAAUCCCAAGACGAUUGGGAGAAGGUGAAAUACGGAAACCUGCUGCUCUUCAAAGAUACAAAAAAUAUAUAUAUAUCGAUGGCCUUGAACUGUCUUAAUAUUUUCACACUGUUGGUGUCGAGAAAAAAGAGAAGCGACUUCUUCCACUCCACCUUCACGAGCCAGAGGCUUCUGGAAAUAUAUCCAAUGGAAGACAACAAACUUUUCUAAUGUAUUUAUCGGUAUAUUUCUUUUGUGUUUCUCAAAACUUCAGUUUUAGCUAUAGGUGUCUUAGCUGGGCCCCAUCCAUAGAAUGUAGCAGUCUGCACCCAUUUCUUUCUAGAACUAUCAAGAAACUGUCUUUCCUCAAACCAAUAGAUUAAUUUGUUCCACUUUUAUAAUGUGAUUGCACAAUGUGGUUAUAAUGACAUAAGCAUGUACAACGUGAGUGUGUGUGAGUGUGUGCGUGCAUGCGUGCGUGCGUGUCAGCUACUGUCAGCCAUGUGUGUCGUCCACCUCCUUUAGGUUUUGUUCCCUCGUAGUGCCUUACAGAUACAACAACACGAUUUACUCCACUUGGAAAGUCACGCAAGUUGUGUUGUCCUGCUUUGAUAGGCUUGUGAUGGGACACGUUAAGCCUCUUCCAGGUGUACGCUUUGCUCCUGCUUCUGUGUGGUCCUUAAAGACAGCGUACUUCAGAUGAAGGUGAUUCAUGUCAUUUCAUUGGGUCGAUGGAGCUGAGCUCUUUUCUCAUGUGUGCAUGAGAUAACUUGCCAGGGGUAUUUACCAAAGUCAUUAAUAUUCAUGAUAGUUCUUCUUCUAGUGUCGUUCUGAAUUAAAAUGCAAAUAACGUAUGUGGUGUAGCUGUAAUAGCAUGUUCUCAAAAUAAUUUAGUUGAUUGUUUAUAAUCAAACAUCACUGAAAAGUAGGUAAUUGGAAUAGAAAAAAUAAACACUGAUAGAUUUAUUGUAUUUGCUACUCGCCUGGCCAAAUUUGCGUUGAAAUAAUUUUAUUUACUGUCGAAUGAGUACCUUUUAGCUGGAAAUGACACAAGACAGUGGCAAAGGGGAAAAAAAACACAUCCAUCAUUCAAAAUAUUCUCCAUUUGUACAUUUUGAAUUGUUCCGAAAUAUUCUGAGCAAACACAACUUUUGCAUCAUUUCAUACGAUCUUGGCAUAUCUACAAUAUAAUAAUUCUAAUUAACUAUCAAUUUCAAAUGAUUAAAUAUGAUUUGUGUUCUUGUUUUUCCCUGGUUCUAUUUUUUAAAUUUAUUUAUUAAGAAUUGGGGGGCUUUACAGAAAGUGAUUGUGCCAUGGUGGUGGGACGGAAUUAUGCAGGCGGAGAGAUACAGAGGUCUCAGCUGCAGCCAAGAGAUGAAGUAUGGAAGGGUACUGCAUAGACACAAGUGAAGGGUUGGGGUGGGGCGGGGGUCGUUGGUUUUUAAGCACUGGUUUGUUUAGAUAGAGAGUGAAGGAAACUCUAUCUUUGGAAUUGUACAAUGGUAACAAGUUGGCACUGAGCAGGUUGAUAGUAACACUGACGCAGAUUGGUUGGCAGGAGCCUGUACCUGAUUGGCCUUUUUUAACGCGACAUGAACCCUUUUAUUGCUGUCAGUGACAUUAUCCGACGGGAUCCUACUGUAGAAUAUUGUGACUAGAAGGGUUGCAUACACCUGGAAGGGCAAAGCAGGUACACCACCUAGCCGAUUGGGAUAAACGCAUUGAGAAUCAACAAACAGGGCUGUCGCUUGUAUUUGCUGCUGAAUUUAACUUAAAUUUCUUAUCGCUGACGAUACAUACAGUCCACAGUGGCCGCAUGAGAACACGGGCUGGUUUAGUGAAAGCUUUCCCUUCUUUAUCCUACACACCAUAGUACUUGCAUUUGAUGUGAUUCUUUUAUUAUUAUUUAACAAUAUUUGAACUUUUUUACAUGGCUGUACAUGUGUUUGUUUUGGUUAGAGAUUGUUGCAAUAAUUCUUGUGGAUGUUUUAGCUGAGUGUGUGUUUCAAUUCUGUCUCGCUCAUUUCUACUAUAUUUACUAUUCAGUGGAGGCGAGAAAAUUAUGUCAAUCAUCAAAUGGGACUUCACAUGGGACGUUUAUAAUUUGAGGACCACUCUUUGGGUCAAAGGUAAACCAUUGUUUCAAGAAAAUUUCGUCCUCGUACUUUCUUCCUCAACACUCUCCUCAGACCCCACUAGUUCCAGCAUACAAACUACGUUGCUGGUUAACCAUUUGUUAAGAAUAUAUUACGCUAUUCUCUUUUGGUUCCUUUUAUAACAUCUGCCAUCCUAAAGGCCAUUUGAACCAUGAGCACACAUACAAAGGGAGAUCCAUUGAAAUUGUUAUGAAACAGACUACUGAAACAUUCCACUGCUUGCGGGGAUUUGGUAUUUGCUAUGCUCGACUGCUGUCCCCACCCCAGCCCACCUCUUCUCCGUUGAGUUCCCUGUUAAAACGUUCUGCGUCUCCCACCAAAGAGGUCACCUUGGCAACGUGCAUGCACAGCCACUGUAAGACACUCUCAGUCUUGCAUUAAUGCUGAUUUCAUGUUGAAAUGCUUUCAAAUGCUUUUCUGGACAUUUCAACAGCACUCCCUCGAAAUAGCCAUUUUACAGAACAUAAUCUGAGUUUUAGAUUUUUUGUUUUUCCCUCCCCUUAUGUCUCCCAAAUAUAUAAAUUAAGUUAAUAAUUUGACCUACAAAUUUGAUUGCCAUUUAUGCGAUGUUUGUUGCAAACUAAGUUAUGCAGUACAAUGGGGUGAAUCAAUUUAAAAACAAAGUGACCAACAAUACCUUUAAAAGCAUGAAUACAUGCACAAUAUGUAUGUAUGUGUCACAUUUGACAUCCGAAAUAGCUUUGGAUAUUUAUAUGUCAAUUUUGCAAUAAUUAUACAGCCAGUCUUCAGAAAAAGCGCAUUUGUGAAAUAUGUACAAUAUCACUAUCCUUGUGAUUAGAGGUUCUAUAUUUUCUCAAGUUCUAUAGCCAGCUAAGACAUUGUGGAAGAUAACUGUGUAUGACGCUGUUUGUUGUCCAUCAUUUUGUUUCACAUAACCAAUGUUUUGUGUAGUAUUAUACAUAUAAGAAGGUGGGGAUGACAAACGUGAGAGCAUCGACGUAGGACGAGUGACCUUAUGAUUACCAAAAUGUGCUUAAGUAGUGUGCAAAUUAUGUUAAAUUGAGCAUAGUCCUGUUUGGUUAGUACUGCCAAACUCCAAAGUUUUUAAGUGUCAUUUAAAUUUAAGAAAUUUCUGUCAGGCAGUAUUUCACUAUUUUUUAAAGCUUGGCUUACCCCCAUUUAAUUUGUCAAAAUGUUCACGUAUAAAUGUUUGGUGAAACACUGAGAAACAUUCCAAUGGGGAUGGCAUUUAAAUGUCACACAAUUAACAUGAUCAUUUAAAUUGGGAAAAUUGCGAAUACUGCAAUUUUAAAUGCUUUUAGUGUCUAAUAUGUUUUCAUUUUUCUUCAGUCAAAGACCCUUAUUUGUUUUAGAUUGAAUCUUGUGUGGGUUAGUUAUAAUCUGCAAUUCAGAAUUUAAAAUUCAUGAUUCUAAUCAACAUUUUAAAACCAUGUUGACCCCCCCCCUAAUAAAAAAUUAAAAAAGGCAAUGAUAGUUGUCAUGUUUAAAAAGUCACCAAAGUGAAAUUUUAAGUAAAACUAAAUACUUAUAUACAAAUGGAAGAAAAAUUAGGGUGCUGUUAUGAGACAAAAAUGAUGACCAACCCCAAGAGCGGUACACGCAAUUCAUUAUAAGCUACUUGAGAGACCCCUUUUUGUCCAAGAAUUGAAAUAAUUCAAUUUGAAAGUUCAUGUGUGUUGCAGUAUUUCCUUGUAUACUUCUCUUUUUUAUUGUUUUCUGAAUUGUUUAUUGGAAUAUGCUGUCUCGUUAUUUUUUAUUAUCAUGAUUAUUAUUAUUUGUUGAUGUAGUGCUCUGUGUAUGCCCUGCUCUCUAGCGUGUUCUAAUUAAGUAUGUGAUUAGGAUGGAUACUUUACUGGCUUUAUAGAGUGUUUAAAUGAAUAUAAUGAGAAUGAGAAGGAUUAAUUAAAACACCCUAACCAGUUGCUACUAAGCGCUUGUGUUACUAUUAUGACAUUGUGUGCUUCUGUUGAUCAUUUUCGUUGUAGAAAAAUGGAGUGGAUUUUUAUUAGGCUAUGGGAAACUAAUUGUAUUGGUCCAAUAGAAGACUAGUUAUUUGAAAUGUCCUCUUUACUAACAGUAGGGUAAGGGGGGGGGGGGGGGCGCAAUCUGGUAAACUAUGUUAUAGCUUGUUAUUCACUGUUACUUUUGAUCAUUUUUUCGGUCUCCGAGGUGAAUCGAGUUAUUAAUGACAAUUUGUAUGCUCACAUAUGCAUAUUGUAUAUGUGAAGAAAUGUAAUCACACUUUGUCUUGGAUUUACAAUAAACUGUUAAGUCACA